CCCGACCCGGGAUCCGCGGUGGAGGCCGAGCAGCCCAGACCGGCGGAUCGACCGGCCGCAGCGCGCCCGGGGGCCGAGACGCAGCCGAGGCUAGGGCUGCGGGGCAGCUCCGAGGCCAGGGCUUGCGGGAGGCUGCGGGGUAGCUGCUGAAGUACCGGCACUCGCGCUGUUUCUCGGGUCGCCGAGCCCCUCCCGCGCAGAGGCCCGAGCCUCAGCAGCCCGUGGCCUUGCGCGGCCUGCGUCUCCUCCGCGCAUCCCGCAGAGUGCGAGGAGACCCAGGGGUCGGGCCUGACCUCGGCGCCCCCUCCCCAGCCGCGACCUGACAGUCCAGCCGCCGGCACUUUUGACCCGGAGUCAAGCUGGGGCCCCGGUGGGACGAAGGCAAGAGUGGUGCUUGGGGGCCACCAGCCAAGGGACCUGGGGAUUGUCGGUGCAGGGAGGAGCGGACAAUCCCCUAAAGGAAAGGCAGGCCCCACGAUUUGCCAGGUUUCAGAAGGAGGGAUGCCCAAGAAAGGCACUGGCCCCUUGUUUUCUGUGCUGGGUGAUGACCUGACACUCAUGGGAAAAGGUCACUGCUGGACACCUGGAUCGGGUCUGUCAUGUCCAGAGGAAGCGGCUGUUUUGCCACCUGCCUGCUCAUCUGCCACCUGAGCGCCCUGACUGUGCCAUCCUGUAGGCCAUGGAGAACGAGCUGCCCGUCCCCCAUACGUCUAGCAGCGCGAGUGUCGCCAGCAGUACCAGCGGCGUCAGUAGCAGCAGUGGCGGCAACAAUAGCAGCAGCGGUGGCAGUGGCCGCCCCACGGGGCCCCAGAUUUCUGUGUACGGUGGCAUUCCUGACCGGCAGACUGUGCAGGUGAUCCAGCAAGCCCUGCACCGGCAGCCCAGCACGGCGGCCCAGUACCUGCAGCAGAUGUACGCGGCCCAGCAGCAGCACCUCAUGCUGCAGACGGCGGCCCUGCAGCAGCAGCACCUCAGCAGCGCCCAGCUCCAGAGCCUCGCGGCCGUGCAGCAGGCAAGCCUGGUGGCCAGCAGACAGGGGAGCACUUCAGGCAGCAGUGUGUCUGCACAGACCCCCGCCCAGUCAUCCUCGAUCAAUCUGGCAGCCUCCCCGGCAGCAGCCCAGCUCAUCAACCGGGCUCAGAGUGUCAACUCAGCAGCAGCCUCAGGCAUCGCCCAGCAGGCUGUCCUCUUGGGCAACACGUCUUCUCCAGCCCUGACUGCAAGCCAAGCACAGAUGUAUCUGCGGGCACAGAUGGCCCAGCCAGGUAACCUGGUGCAGGUAGCUAGGAGCCUAGGCGGCACUGUUCCUUUGUCCCCUCAGCUCAUCUUCACGCCCACGGCCACCGUCGCUACUGUGCAGCCUGAGCUCGGCACUGGCUCCCCCGCCCGGCCCCCCACCCCCGCCCAGGUACAGAACUUGACCCUCCGAACACAGCAGACACCAACUGCAGCAGCCUCGGGCCCUACCCCCACUCAGCCUGUCCUGCCCAGCUUGGCCCUGAAGCCCACGCCGGGUGGUAGCCAGCCUCUGCCUACCCCAUCACAAGGCAGAAACACUGCUCAGGGUUCCCCUGCAGGUGCCAAGCCUGCCAUAACUGACAGUGUGACGGAGCCACUCAAGAAAGGAGAUGGCAACAGCAGUGUGCCAGGGAGCUUGGAGGGUCGGGCUGGGCUCAGCCGAAUGGUACCUGCUGUGGCAACCCACCCCCUCAUUGCACCAGCCUAUGCUCAGCUGCAGCCACACCAGCUCCUCUCCCAGCCGUCCUCAAAGCACCUGCAGCCCCAGUUUGGGAUCCAGCAGCAGCAACAGCAAGCAUCACAGCAGCCGCCGCCGCCCCAGGCAUCACGGCCAGCACUCCAAGCCCCGUCCCACCCCCAGCUGGCCUCGGUCCCUCCAAGCCUGGCCCUGCAGCCCGGCCCCGAAGCCCAUGCCAUGCCGCUAGGCCCAGUCCCAUCCACCCUGCCUCUCCAGUGUCCCGCUGCCAACCUGCACAAGCCUGGCAGCACUCAGCAGUGCCACCCUCCCAUGCCAGAUGUCGAGCCUCACAAUGGAUACCCUGAGGGCCUGUCUCACACCCCUCAACACAGGUUCCAGCAUGCCUCGGCUGUCAUCUUACAACUGCAACCUGCUUCGCCAGUGCCCCAGCAGUGCACCCCCGAUGACUGGAAGGAAGUGGUACCUAGAGAGAAGAGUGGGCCUGAGACUCGGUCUGGCCCACCACCGCAUCAGCAAGCCAUCGUCACUGCCAUGCCCGGUGGCCUGCCUGUACCCAAGAGCCCGAACAUCCAGCAGUCCCCAGCUCAUGAGACAGGGCAGGGCAUUGUUCAUGCACUGACCGACCUCAGCAGCCCCGGCAUGACCUCAGGGAACGGAAACUCUGCCUCCAGCAUCACCGGCACUGCCCCCCAGAAUGGUGAGAAUAAACCACCACAGGCCAUUGUGAAACCCCAAAUCCUGACGCAUGUUAUCGAAGGGUUUGUGAUCCAGGAGGGGGCGGAGCCUUUCCCGGUGGGACGCUCAUCCCUGCUGGUGGGGAAUCUCAAGAAGAAGUAUGCACAGGGGUUCUUGCCUGAGAAACUUCCGCAGCAGGACCAUACCACCACCACUGACUCAGAGAUGGAGGAGCCCUAUCUGCAAGAAUCCAAAGAGGAGGGUACUCCCCUUAAACUCAAGUGUGAGCUCUGUGGCCGGGUGGACUUUGCCUACAAGUUCAAGCGUUCCAAGCGCUUCUGCUCCAUGGCUUGUGCAAAAAGGUACAAUGUGGGAUGCACCAAACGAGUGGGCCUUUUCCACUCGGACCGGAGCAAGCUGCAGAAGGCGGGAGCCGCAACCCACAACCGCCGUCGGGCCAGCAAAGCCAGUCUGCCAACACUUACCAAGGAUACCAAGAAGCAGCCAGCAGGCACUGUACCCCUCUCAGUUGCUGCCGCACUGCAGCUAACACACAGCCAGGAAGACUCCAGCCGUUGCUCCGACAACUCAAGCUACGAGGAGCCCCUGUCACCCAUCUCAGCCAGCUCAUCCACCUCCCGCCGGCGACAAGGCCAGCGGGACCUGGAGCUCCCUGACGUGCACAUGCGGGACCUGGUGGGCAUGGGGCACCACUUCCUGCCAAGCGAGCCCACCAAAUGGAAUGUGGAAGAUGUCUACGAAUUCAUCCGCUCUCUGCCAGGCUGCCAGGAGAUAGCAGAGGAAUUCCGUGCCCAGGAAAUCGACGGGCAAGCUCUGCUGCUGCUCAAGGAGGACCACCUGAUGAGCGCCAUGAACAUCAAGCUGGGGCCCGCCCUCAAGAUCUACGCGCGCAUCAGCAUGCUCAAGGACUCCUAGGGCUGGCCGGGCCCCGGGCUCCUCCUCCCGACUGAGCAGAGCCAGCGGACACUCCUGGGGGCCCUCCUCUGGCUCUCAGGGGCCUUUCUGUGGGAGGGGCGGAGAGGCGGGCGGCGCGGAAGAUGGGGCUUUAUGCUUGUACAUAUUGAUAGCACUGCUUCCUCCGAAGUCCCACUACGCUAGCCCCGCUCUCUUCCCCUCCCUCUGUCCCCCAUUUUCCAGGGGGUAUACGGUCAGGGCUCCCAACCUGAGUUGGGUUACUUCCAAGGGCAGCCGUCAGGCCUGCCUAGAGGCCUCGGAAGCCCUUGCCUGCCUUCCUCCACUUAUUUCUCUGGGCCCAGCUAACUCUUCCUGCUGCCAGCUUCUCCCACUGCAGCCUGUUUCUGAAGCAGCCAGAAGGGUUCUCCCCCCUCACCCUCUACAGGUGGAGGGAGAGAAGCUGGGCCCAGUUUGGCCACGCCUGCUGGCACAGACGCCUUAACGCUGUGUGUGUGACUGUGUGACCGUGUGGGAGCCUGGACUGACAGGCCGAGAGCCACCCUCUGGUAUCUCCAGGUGUUUUGUAGCAAACAGCCACUUAGUGCUUUGUCCUGGACUCCACUCAGCCUCAGGAUGGGGAAUAGGAAAGAAGGGCCGCCUCAGCGCAGAGAGGCACGAUCAGAAAGCGAUGAAGAGUAGUGGGAGAUUUUCCUUUCCAGAUGGCCGAGGUGUCUCCGCAGCCCCUUCCCGCACUGUGACGUCCCCCUGACUGCCCUGCUGUGUCACAGGCGGCACUGAGGAAGCUGCUGGUGGGCUGGGCCAGGCCGCGCCUCCCCGUCUGCCCACCCGCCCGCCCUGGGAGCCCAGCGGUGGGGCCCUGGGAACAUCCAAGGGCAGAAGAGCUGGAGUGACCACCGCUGAGGUGAAGAAGGCAGCCUUCGGCCUCGGGUCCCAUGCUUCUCUGCCUCUGGAACUUGCUGGCAGUGGUCUGAGCUGCCCGUGGAGGAGGCGGGGCAGGAAGGGCGAGGGCCUGCCUCUGACUUGCCCGGGCCUCUGCAGACUCCUGGGGGGAGUGGGACUCUCCCUGGGGGAAGGGUGGGUGCCCUUCUGAGCUUGUUCUAUUCCCCACUCACACCCCCAGGCAGGGUUGGAAAUGAAGGACUUUUUUAACCUUUUUGUUUUUUAAAAAUAAAUCCAUAAAAUCUG